UCGUUUACUUUUCUCGGAUUUUGACCGUGUUUUGAGAAAUUGACAACGCUGGGGAAGCUUCAACAUGCCUGAAUUACGUGCUUUUCAAAAACUUAGUCAGGAAGUGUUCUCCGAGUUGUUGAAUAUAAGUUUUAAAUCUCUGACGCAAAAACAGCAGCCAUCUGAAAUAACUUCUCUGUACAAAGCUAUAUGCAGCAAGUCGGGUAUUGAAUUUGUUGAACUUGAACCUGCAGUGAAAGUUUUAUUGCAAGUAUGGCGAGAUGCUGUUAAGAAGAAUAAAACAUUGCCUCAAUUACAUGACGAGUUGCUUCAUUUAGGGAUGAAUGAAGAACAAGUGGAUGAAUUUUCUAAAAAGUGGGAGAAAAUAUAUUCAUCUCUUGUGCAAUCAACUGUUGCAAGUACAAUACCCAUCAAUCCAUUGAUAGAUAUGGAAUGGAAAUUUGGAGUUACAUCGGCUAGUAACCAGUGCAACACAAUAGGAAAUGUGUUUUUGCAAAUAAAAUUAGAAGUUGAUCAAGGAAAUGGAAGAAGCAAAACUGUAUGCUUUGAACUUCAAUUAUCAGAAUUUUAUUCAUUUUUACAUGAAAUGGAGAGAGCAAGAGCUAGCCUGGAGUAUUUAAGCUGAUUAUUAUGUUCUUGUUUUUGUUUUUCCAAAUCUUACAUUAUGUUAAAAUUCAUGUUAUAUACGUUUUUUUGU